AGUCUGUAGUCUGUGUUUGAACGUUUUAUUCGCAACAGAACAGAGUAGCGGACGCAUGAAUUUUACGAAAGUUACAACAGUUCAGUGAUAUACAAACAACGUAAAUAGUUACAACCAAAGGUAAAACACGAAUUUUUACGUGCGAUGUAUCAAAAAUGGAUUUCCUUCGGUGUCGUGAUUCUAUACGUGUGUAAUAGUGUAGUUUCUUUAGAAAAUGGCUUGGCGAGAACACCCCCGAUGGGUUGGUUGGCUUGGGAAAGAUUUCGAUGUAAUACGGAUUGUAAAAAUGACCCAGAUAAUUGUAUCAGCGAGCGACUUUUUAAAACAAUGACCGACAUAAUUGUAUCAGAAGGUUAUUUAAACGCUGGAUAUGAAUACAUAAACGUGGAUGAUUGUUGGUUAGAAAAAGAUAGAAACACUUUCGGUCAAUUAGUUGCCGAUAGACAAAGAUUUCCGAGCGGAAUAAAAUCUUUAUCAGAUUACGUACAUUCCAAAGGGAUGAAAUUUGGAAUUUACCAAGAUUUUGGUAAUUACACCUGUGCUGGAUAUCCGGGAAUUUUAGGUUAUUUAGAAACUGACGCGAAUACCUUUGCCGCUUGGGACGUCGAUUAUGUUAAACUCGAUGGAUGUUAUUCACAUCCGUCCGAUAUGGAUUCUGGAUAUCCAGAAUUUGGUUUUUACCUGAAUCAAACUGGGCGACCUAUGCUGUAUUCGUGUAGUUGGCCGGUUUACCAGAUUUAUGCUGGGAUGCAACCGAAUUAUACCGCGAUUGUGCAUCAUUGUAAUAUGUGGAGAAAUUUCGAUGAUAUUCAAGACUCUUGGGCUAGUGUUGAAAGCAUUAUUGAUUAUUAUGGGAAUAAUCAAGAUGUUAUUGUACCUAAUGCCGGUCCAGGGCAUUGGAAUGAUCCUGAUAUGUUAAUCAUUGGAAAUUUUGGCUUAAGUUACGAACAAAGUAAAACUCAAAUGGCAAUAUGGGCCAUUUUAGCAGCCCCGUUACUAAUGUCCGUCGAUUUAAGAACAAUUAGACCAGAAUAUAAAGCCAUUCUACAAAAUAAAAGGAUAAUAGCGGUGGAUCAGGAUCCUUUAGGUAUACAAGGACGAAGAAUAUACAAACAUAAAGGUAUCGAAAUAUGGUCAAGACCAAUCACACCAUUAUAUCAAAACUAUUUCUCUUACGCCGUCGUCUUCGUAAAUAGGAGAACCGACGGAACACCAUCAGAUGUUGCAGUUACGCUUAAAGAAUUAGGUUUAGCCUCACCAACUGGAUACAGAGUUGAAGAUCUAUAUGAAGAUGUUGAUUAUGGUAUUUUAACGCCACAAACAAAAAUAAAGGUUAAAGUGAACCCAUCAGGCGUCGUGAUAUUAAGGGCGGACGUUCAGCCAGAUUUUAACAGAAGAGUUCCCUUUUAUACAACUCAAAGGACCCCUUAUAAUCCUUUAAAUCAAGUGUUCAGAUUAAGAAGUAACGAUUUUUGAUAAUAUUGCAAUAGAUGAUUGAUAUUUUUUUAAUUUUCUUUUAUGUUGAGAAUUUAUAGGAUGUGUGUAAAUAAUCGACACCAAGUGAACGUGAAUAAUUCGUGUAGUUAGGUGAAUUAUUUUUUUACAAGAUUAUUUAUGAAACCUUGUAUAUCUUUAGUUUUUUUAAAAAUAAUUUGUCUAUUAAUAAGUAUAAAAAAUACAGACUUUAAAACUCA